AUGACGGGCUGUGAGACGUGCCCAGGCACCCAGCUAGGGGUCGGCAGCCGCCAGCCGGCACUGCAGCAGCCACCAGCCACUCAGCCAGCAGGGGGUCGGCACUCGGCAGACGGGCAGACCGCAGAGGCGCAGACGGGCGACGCUAGCAGGGGGUCGCCGGGUCGGAGCUCAGGGUGUCGGUACUCAGUCGCCGCCUCGCCGGUCGGGAUUCGCCGAUUCGGGUGGUUGGCAGGCGGCAGCGGCAGCUCGACGCACGGAUGCAGUGGCCGUCACCCGUCAGUCUGUGCCUCGGCGGCUCGACGCGGCGCCGCGGCGGCCGGCGCCCAGCUAGGGGUCAGCAGACGGCAGGUCCCGAGGUCCGCAGUCGCAGGUGGCGCCGUGGCGGCUCAGCGUGGCCACGAGGUGGGUCGGGCGUCGGGCGUCGGCGAGGCGACGAGCUACGGUUCGGCGCGCGGCGAGCUACCGUUCGGUGGUAGCGAUGUGACGGAGCUUGGCACUGGCGCACUGCGGCAACCGGCAGGGCCGCAGGGGGUCGGCGAGGCGGCAGGGGGUCAGGCGGUCGGCGGCUCAGCGGCCGGCGGCCCGGCGCAGGGAUUCUCAGAUAGUCAGAUGGGGAGUGGGAGGCUGGGAGCGCCGUGA